CUUAUCGUCUCUCUCUCCCUCUCACUAAAGCACCAUUCACCUCUUCUUUCUCAAUUGAGCAAAAUAGGGAACCCCUCUUCCAAUUCAGAAUUUCCGUCGACCAGCCGCCCCACCGGCGCCGCCGCCGACUCCGGCGAUGUUCUCUCCUCCCUCCCGUCUCUCCCUCUUUUCUCUCUGUCUUCGAAUUUCCCCAAUUUCAGAAAUAGCUUCGUCGCUCCCUUCUCUCCUAUCGGUCUCCCUCUCGGCUUCUCUCUCCACCGCCGCCGCUUACACCGAUCGCCGCCGCCAAUGUGCAUGCACAGGCGGCGGCUUCGGCCCCCCUCCGUUCCUCGCACUGCCGAAGCAGCUCUCCGAAGCCACCACAGUCUCCCUCUCCUCGCCGAACUCCCAACUCCCAAAAGAUUUGUCAAGAUUGGCAGUCAUGGGGGUGUGGGGCUGCCCUCGUCGUCUCCGGGCUGCCGAACGGCCGUCGCCGGAAUCCGGCAGAAUUGUUCACAUGAGGAAAACUAACAUCCAUGGUUAUCCUCGUUGAUGUAUCGGACUUCCUUGGAGGACGAGCACGACCAUUGAGCGGGCUGCCUGGAUUCUCUUAUUGUAAUAGAUUAGGGAUUUGAUAAAUUGUAUAAUAGUACGUUAGCGGACUUCGAAGAUCUGCCUGAUUAUAUACUUUUAUUUUGUGUUA